UACCCGCAAUCUCAUCCUAUCCAAUCUGUUUUCACCAUUAACAUAUUGAAAGGUUUAUUUUCAUCAGCACAGGGGUACUACUACAAGGCGAUAAGCACAACCACAAACGACACCUUGAGAUCUCAUCCCUCCAACCGCAGCCGCUCUCUCUCUUCAAAAGACCACGCCCGCUUAACGUUCACCACAAUGGACAUGUCAGGAAUGGACGGGAUGGAUGAUAUGUCCUCUACAUCCUCCAACAUGUCUAUGAGCAUGAAGAUGUAUUUUCAUGGUACAAUAGGAGGUGACAUGCUCUGGUUUGCAUCUUGGAUGCCAUCUUCGGCAGGAGCAACUGUCGGAGUCUGCAUUGGUCUUUUCAUACUUGCCAUCUUUGAGCGAUAUUUAGUUGCUUUCAGACGAGCAUGCGAUGCCGCUUGGAGAAGAGGCCAAGUGGGGUACGUACGUCCUUGCUCCAACGGCCCUCUCAUCUCCUCAUCCGGCAAAUCAACUUCUCUCCCACCUCCCGUCCUCUUCAACCGACGUUCAUCCACGAAAAAGGAGAAAGACGUCUACAACCCCCUUACCCCAUCUGAUUACGCCCUUGAAUCAAACCAAGAUGGUUCAGUCGAACCUGCUACCCCUUAUACUCCUUUCAUCCAUGCUUUGCGUGAGAGUCAAGAGGGUAGUUCCGCUCCGUCCUACGCACAUUCACAGCAAGGUCAAGCCCAAGCACAAGAACCGGGAAUGGGAUGUAAUCCUUGUGCGGAGGGGAGGGUAGCAGAGAUUGAGAGAUGCAAGGAGAAGGCUGUCGAGACGGGUUUAGCUCAUAGCCACUUACCGAAAGCUGUAAGGAGGAGUCUUGAUCCAGGACGGGAAGGUAGGUGGAGUAGACCAUUUCGGCUGGCGGUGGAUGUUCCGAGAGGACUGUUGCAGGCUCUUCAGACGUUGAUUCACUAUCUCCUCAUGUUGGUCGUGAUGACGUUUAAUAUUUGGUGGAUGAUCUCUGUUGUGAUAGGCAGCGGUGUUGGGGAAAUGCUGUUUGGAAGAUUUGGGUCAAGCCAUGUGGGGCAUUAGGGGGUAGGGGGUUGCACGUGUAUGCAUGUUUAUAUGAA